GUACGACCUCGUUUCGGUACCUCUUGAUGCUUUCCGCUUGCAGCAGACGGCGGCGGACGUGCGCAUGGUCUUUCAGUUUGCCGUAACGCUUUAUUGGCUGCUGGACAUCUUCGCGUCCUUCGCGACCGCCGUGUAUGUGAACGGCAAGCUCUACAUGCGACAUUGGGACAUCGCCAAAGCGUACUGUCGCUCCUGGUUUGUCUUCGAUGUCCUGGUCCUCGUCCCUGACAUCCUCGUCCUGGUUGGUGAUGCUCAGAAUGCGAUCGAAGCAAACGGCAUGGGCAUGGCCCGCGCGCUGCGAGCCGGUCGGCUGAUGCGAUUCCUUCGCUCUCCG